CGUAUCACUUCCUUUCAAGUCACGUAGUAGCAGAACAAGACGAUGGACUCCUCAAUAUCAAAACAGCUCGAAGAUCUUCUAAAUCCUUUACCAAAGUUCACUGAUCCAGAGGACGAUCAAGAUGAAGCAACUAAAGCCAGGGUUGUAGAGAAGUUUGAUGAAGGUGAUGAGGAGGAUGACGACACCGCAGUCUCUGGGCUGAGGAAGCGUAGCAGCCACAUCUUGGAAGAGACUGAUCGGCGUUAUGCCGGGAAGGCGACGUCAAGGAAACAACUGCUGGAGCAAUCAGAUGAGGAUGAAGACGACGACGACGACGAUGAUGAUGAAGGAGAAGAAGGUGAUGACAUUGAGGAUGAUGAUGAUGAGGAGGAGGACGAUAUGGAAGAUGAGGAUGAAGAAGAUGAUCUCGAUGACACUCUGGAGAGGGAUGAGGAUGCAGCCCAGGUGAAAAAAGCCAAGUCGAUCACCAAGCUGAAAAGCUCUGACAUCACAUUCCCAAAAGAGACAGACUUCCGUAAGCUCACGGAGGGCAUGGAUGACCUUGGAGUGAGUGAGGAGGAUGAUGAUGAGGAAGGAGACAGUGAAGAGGAAGAUGGAGAGAGUGAUGAGGACUCAGAAGAAGAAGAUGAGGAUGAGGAAGAAGAUGAUGAUGACAUGGAGGAUGAUGAUGGAGUGAUGACAUUCUCUAAAGAGAAGGUGGACGAAGAAGUGGAGAAAGGCAAAUCUGUAAAAAAUCAACUCGCUCUGUGGGAUCAGCUCCUUGAGGGCAGGAUAAAGAUGCAGAAAGCCCUGGCCUCAGCCAAUCAGCUGCCUCAGCCACAGACCUUCCCAGAGUUCAAAAGCAAGGGGGGCGCUCAGCUCUCAGGAGCCGUCAAGAACAGCCAUAAAGCUCUGAAGGCCUUGCAGAGGUCUCUGCUGGAGCUCCAGGACCUUCUCCUGCUCCAGAGCCCGGAGACCAGAGCCAUCGCAGAGGGCAAGGCAUGGAGCGCAGACACCAAGAGUAAAGCCACAGGAGGAAGUGACAUGGACGACGAUGAGGAAAUUGACAGUGAUGAUGUUGAUGGUGAGGAUGAUGGUGAUAUGGAUGAUGAAGAGAAGCCCAAGCCCAAGUCCAAGCCUGAGCAGAACGGAGGGGCCUCUAAAAGGAAGCUGGAGAUGUCUGAGUAUCCCAGCUUCAUGGCCAAACGCUACGCAGACUUCGACCCCUUCUGCAAAAACACCCUGCAGAAAUGGUACGACAAAACACGGCUCACCAUGGGCAAGACCACCAAGGGUUUUGGGUCAUUUGACCGCAGCAUUGUAACACAGGUGGAGCACGUGCUGAUGGACAAGGAGAGGUUGGUGCGACGCACGCAAACCCGGCGCUCCGAAUUCCGCGUCCUGGGCAAGCCAGAAACUACUGCUCCCGUUGUCGAACCAGACAUGACAGAAAAUGAGCAGGGUGUCAUGAAGGCCAACGCACAUCUGAAGGACCUCGACGAGGAGAUCUUUGAUGACAGCGACUUCUACCACCAGCUUCUUCGAGAGCUUAUUGAACGCAAGACGAAUGCAGCUGACCCCAAUGACCAGGUGGCAAUGGGAAGGCAGUGGCUGGCCAUCCAGAAGCUGCGCAGUAAGAUCAAGAAGAAGGUGGACACCAAGGCCAGCAAGGGCCGCAAGAUCAGGUUCCACAUCCACAGUAAGCUGAUGAACUUCAUGGCUCCAAUAGACCACAGCUCCAUGCAGGACGAUGCCCGGAAUGAGUUGUACCGCUCGUUGUUUGGAGGCAACACACUACCUGCUGCCACCCCACGGGAGUAACGCUGUGCCUUCUGAACGGCAUGCUGGGAAAGCCUGGAUGCAUCCUCCACAUGGAAUACUGAAGUGCCAUCCAAUCCAGUUCCUUCUGUCCUUCUGUGUUGCUCACAGCCUCGUGACGCAUUGCUCCACAUUGAUGAUCGAAAUUUCAUUCAAUAUCUCGCAAAAGCAAAAUUCAAAGGUCGUCAUAUAAUUUGAAAUCAAGAUGUUGAAAGGGGAAAAGCCCACCAGUUGUUGCUCUACGCUAGUUGACAGCGGGAAUCCCAUUUUCUCCACGGAGGCAUGACACCGAGGCAAGAGGCCCCAGGCAACAGGACAGGACGUGAGGAACUGGUCUAGACUUGCAGCCAUGAAGUUGUGGCCUCACCGUAACGCACCUCCUGCUGAAGGAAGGGCGUUUGGACUAAAGACUGUGCUGAAGAAGUGCGGUCUUGCAUUUUUGCGAGACUCCUAUAUUUCUCUGUAUAUUUUUAAAUACAGCAACAUGAUUCUUUUUGCAGAUUUUGUAUUUUUCAUGUUAUACAGAGUGUGAAAAAAAAUGAUCACUUUCACGUAUUUAUCUGAUGUUUGUCAAGGUCAGAAUUUGAACUUUAAUUUCAUGAUGUGAAAAUGGCUCCAGAUGAAUGGUCAUCUGAAUGUUUUGUACUUUGUACAGGAAUUAACUGUAAUGUGCUUCAAAGAGUAAAUAAUAAACAACUCUUGGUGAAACAACAAGCAAAUGUUAGACAUGUGACUUUAUUAAAAGUUACAGAGGCAACUCAGAGUUAGCCACAGUAAACAUGGAGACAUAACCAGAUUUGACACAUACAGUAGUAGACAGCCUCUUCAGUAACACAUUAGCCAAGUGCGUCAAGACAGCUGGCUUCUUUUUUUCUUUACAGCGAAACUACCUAAGCCCAAUCGAGGAUCCUGGGCUGAGUAGAUGCCACAAGUAACAAUCAACCUGGCACUCGGCCAAGUAGAAAUCAAGAAAAUCAAAAAAGACAAAGACAAAAAACGUCAUGAGGCUAUUUGGCGGAAGUAGAUACCUUCACGCAGCCUGUGAGGCCAUAUUCACGUUCUCUGUAGUGUGCGUAGUAC